GUUUAGACCAGUAGAUAAAUUUGGUGAAUUAGAUGAGAUACUAACAGAGAAUAAACUUGACAAAGAUGAAUUAGUAGAAAAAGAUGAGCAAUCAAAUUAUGAAACAGAUGAUGAUGAACUUAUAGAA